AUGUGCAUUGAUGUUCGUCGUGAACGGUUGUUGUUGUGGUGUGUUCGCUUAGAUUUAUGGUACAUAUUACAGAAUAAUUGCAACAAAAAGGAAAAAGUUAAUGAUUUUCUUUUGCCACAAUUUUCAAAUUUGUUCCGAAGCCAAAUAAAAUAUUAAAGAAGGUUCUCAGUGUCGCUACGGGAAUUAUUAUCAUCGACUUCAGCAUGUCCUUGGUGCCCGUUUAAAAAGUGACAAAAUAACGGAAACUCAUUUCGAAAGUGUGUGCACUGCGAUAAAAGAGGAAACGAAACGCCUCUGAAAAAAAUAUACGAAUACGAAUACGAGUAAAGGAAAAUGUGUGUAAAUUCCAAAAAAAUAUGGAAGAUGUGAAAGUGUAUUUCUUGUUCUUGUAGUUUCUGUUCAGAUAUAAAAAUGCUUGAAGGCAAAAGACAUGUGUGAGUUAAGCCGAAAUUGUGAUAACAACAUCUGGAUUUGAAAACUGAAAACAACAACGUUCACAUUUGGCACGAGAAAUAUCUUCAACGAAUUCAAUUAUUAAGCUAACCAAAAAUUACAGCGGAAGUCAAACAAAUUAGUUGAAAUCUAAUUUCAGUUGUUGUGCUCAAGUCACUGCCUGAGGUUGUCAGCGCAUCGCUAUCCUUUUUGUGGACUCUCCAAAGCAUUGUGCUGCAGUUCGAACUACACGCAGAUGCAAAAGCUUGUCGGCGCAAAAAAGGAACAACCACAACAAAAUAAACUUUGAAAUACUUCACAGUGCGAAAAAAUCUCAAAUCCACAUUGAAGCCAUCAAAGACGAAGGAAUAAGAGUUCCUCCUUCCCCUUGCUGGCCGGUGCAGUGAUUCUCGAUAUACGGUCCAUAGUAAAAAAAAAUAUUAUUGCUGUUUUCAAUUAAGAGUUGUGUGAAAAACUUCGACGUUCGUUUAACUUUUUGCUGUUUGUGAAACGAAGUUCGCAAAACUUAUUGCACGCCCAGUGUCGGUACGGCGGCUGACAUACGUGUAAUUUACGUGCGUUUGAAUUUCUCGCGCGUUUGUAUUAAAAGUUUAGCAACACCUUUAUGUGUGUUAAAUACUAACAACUACAAAAAGAAAUAGUCUAGUCUAGAAAAGAGAAGAAAGGCCAAGGAAACACCGAAACAGGGAGAAAUAAAACGAAUAUCCUUGUUGUGAAAAUGACUCGUAACUUUAUAGUUUUGACCACUUUGUGGUUGUGGCUGCUGCUCUUAACGAUAUGUGCACCUUCAUUGGCUGUAUCCUGCCCCACUGGAUGUAAUUGCUUUCAACGCACAGUUCGUUGCAUACGGUCUCGUCUAACCACCAUACCAAGAGUUCCCGCGGAUACGAAAGUUCUAGACUUGCGCUUUAAUCACAUCAAUGAAAUACCCAGAAAUGCCUUCUAUGGACUCACACAGCUGACGAAUCUUUUCCUCAACGAAAAUGAAAUUGCCCACCUGGAAGAUGGAGCAUUUGAAGGGAUGACGUCAUUACGUUUUCUCUAUUUGAACUCUAAUCGCCUUACCCGUCUCUCCAAGAACGUUUUCCAACCGUUGAAAAGCAUUGAAGGCAUUUAUCUGGAAAACAAUGCCAUCUGGCAAAUAGAUGCUGAUACAUUUGCCAAUCUACCCGCAUUGAAUCGCCUUUUCAUGUUUAAAAAUAAACUCACUAAUCUACCAGCCGAUGCAUUCACUCGAUUGCCAAGUUUGAAACGCCUACGACUCGAAGACAAUCCAAUCGACUGUAAUUGUGGCGUUUACUCGUUGUGGCGUUACUACCAACAGCAUCCGCAACGUAAAGCCAUCACCAUUGCGUUAACUUGUGAAACACCAGCAUCAUUGUAUCGUUACGGAUUUAACGGAUUGCAAGGAUCUCAUUUCCACUGCAAGAAACCGGAAAUUGUCACAGCACCGCAUGACAUGCAUUUAACAACAGGCGAAAGCGUUGAAUUGCCGUGUCGCAUGGUUGGAGAUCCACAGCCGGAUAUUAUUUGGAUGCAAAACACCAAUGAGAUCUCACAGGACUAUGCACCAAAAAUGCAGGUGAUGCCCACCGGCACGCUCAAAAUAAACGACGUCAAUGCAAAUGAUAUUGGGAUUUAUGAGUGUAUUGGGCGCAAUGAAGUGGGCGAGACGCGUACCCAGCCCAUACGGAUGAUAGUGGACAAUGAUAUUCCCAUUCAUGGACUGGAAAAUCGUCAAAACAACAACAACAACAACAACUAUCAUUAUAUCAGCAAUGGCAACAACAAUAAUCAACUAUGGAAUCAACCACAAUCGCCAUUCCAGCCACUUCCAGUCGGUGAAGGAGAGCAUUUUGCUACAAAUGCCAGACUCUAUCCGGAUUCAACACACAAUGGUGGCCAUGUUAACAACAAUAACAACAAUGACUACAAUAGGAAUUCUGGCUUUGACGAACAGUUUCAGCCCUUUAGCACUUGGCACAGACCAGUUCAAACACCAGCAACAAUAAAUUUGACGACACGACAACAGAAAUCGAGACCGACGCCAGCAACACGCCAGCAAACGACAGUACAACAACCUCAACCUCAGGCCCCCAUAUUUGUUCUCACACCUACGGAUGCAAUUGUCGCUUUAAAUGGUGAUCCAGUACGUUUGGAUUGUUUAGCUUCUGGUCUGCCCGUUCCAGAGAUCCUGUGGUAUUUCAAUGGUCGCCUGGUGGCACAAUCAACCGAUGCAUUGCGUAUACAAACCAACGGAAGUUUAGUUAUCGUUAAGCCAACACUAUUGCAAGCCGGUACAUACCGCUGUGAGGCGACCAAUGCCCUGGGCAGUGUUCAGUCUACGGCCAAUAUUGAUGUAAAAGAAUUGCCCGAAAUAUUAAUGGCUCCCCAAAAUCAAACAAUAAAAGUUGGCAAAAAUUUCGUUCUUGAAUGCGAUGCUGAUGGAAAUCCAAUACCGACCAUAUCGUGGCAAUUCAAUGGUGAGCCAAUUACAGCAACAACAGAAAACGACCACCUGGUGUUGGAAAAUGAAAAUACGGAACUGAUUGUGAAUAAGGCCCAGGAAUCGGAUUCAGGCGUCUAUACCUGUGUAGCAGAAAACGAUAAUGGGCGCACAAAGAUAUCGGCGACAGUUACCGUGGAACGGGUAAACAGUGCUCCACGGCUGCUUAUUAAACCAUACGACCUGGAUGCAUUGAGUGGAACCAGCAUUGAAUUGCCUUGCAAAACAGAGGAUUCAGAUGGCAUACAGAUUACUUGGCGCAGAGAUGGGCGUAUUAUUGACCCGAAUGUUUUGUUAACGAACAAAUACGAAAUCAGUGGAACGGGUAGUUUGUUUGUUCGCAACGUUACAAUAUUCGAUGGCGGGCGAUAUGAAUGUUCGGUGAAGAAUGAAUAUGGCCGAUCGACGGCAUCUGCCUUUGUGACAAUAAGGACAAAUGAGGACUUGGCUCCAGGAGAUCGUUAUGUGCGUAUUGCUUUCGAAGAGGCUGCCAAGGAAAUCGAUUUGGCCAUCAACAAUACUAUCGACACACUUUUUACGAAUCGUAAUCGCACUAAGCCCAAUGGCGAAGCUGCUCCACCCAAUUACGCUGAUUUAUUACGAGUUUUCCGUUUCCCUACGGGUGAGGCCAGACAAUUGGCUAGAGCUGCGGAAAUAUAUGAACGCACUUUGGUUAAUAUACGCAAACAUGUCUUGAAGGGUGAUAACCUGAUCAUUGAAAGUGACAAAUACAAAUUUAAAGAUCUACUGUCCAGGGAGCAUUUACAUUUGGUGGCAGAACUUUCCGGUUGUAUGGAACAUCGUGAAAUGCCCAAUUGCACAGAUAUGUGUUUCCAUUCGAAAUAUCGCAGCAUAGAUGGUACAUGCAAUAAUCUACUUCAUCCCACGUGGGGGGCUUCUCUUACAGCCUUCCGUCGCCUUGAGAAACCUAUUUAUGAAAAUGGUUUCAGCUUACCCAUCGGUUGGACAAAGGAAAAAUUAUAUGCUGGCUUCCAGAAACCAAGUUCCCGUCUGGUAUCCACCUCCCUGAUAUCAACCAAGGAAAUCACACCUGAUGAUCGCAUUACCCACAUGGUCAUGCAGUGGGGUCAAUUCUUGGACCAUGAUAUGGAUCAUGCUAUUCCCUCGGUCAGUUCGGAAAGUUGGGAUGGUGUCGAUUGUAAGAAGACUUGUGAAUUUGCCCCGCCUUGCUAUCCCAUCGAAGUUCCACCAAAUGAUCCGCGCAUAAGCAAUAGACGCUGCAUAGAUCUGGUAAGAUCUAGUUCAAUUUGCGGUUCAGGAAUGACCUCGGUUUUCUUUGAAAGUGUUCAACAUCGUGAACAAAUCAAUCAGCUGACUUCAUUUAUUGAUGCCUCCCAGGUUUAUGGUUAUACCGAGGCAUUUGCCAACGAAUUGAGAAAUUUGACAACAGACGAUGGUCUGCUGCGUAUUGGUGUUCAUUUCCCCAAUCAGCGAGAUAUGUUACCGUUUGCUGCACCCCAAGACGGCAUGGAUUGCCGGCGGAAUUUAGAUGAAAAUCAAAUGAAUUGCUUCGUCUCCGGCGACAUAAGAGUUAACGAGCAGGUGGGCCUACUAGCCAUGCACACUAUUUGGCUGCGUGAACAUAAUCGCAUAGCCACUGCCUUGAAGGACAUCAAUCCACAGUGGGAAGGAAACACCUUAUACCAUGAGACCAGGAAAAUUGUGGGAGCUCAAAUGCAACACAUCACCUACAAGCAUUGGCUGCCCUUAAUUAUAGGUGAAAGUGGCAUGAAAAUGCUUGGGGAAUACAAGGGCUACAAUUCAUCGCUGAAUCCCUCAAUUGCCAAUGAAUUCGCUACGGCUGCUUUCCGGUUUGGUCAUACACUAAUCAAUCCCAUACUACAACGUUUGAACUCCUCCUUUGAACCUAUUCCUCAGGGUCAUUUGCAAUUACAUAAGGCAUUCUUUGCUCCAUGGCGUUUGGUCUAUGAAGGAGGUGUGGAUCCAUUGAUGCGAGGCAUGUUUGCCACACCGGCAAAAUUGAAACUUCCAGGUCAAAAUCUCAAUUCAGAGCUAACGGAGAAACUCUUCCAAACUGCCCAUGCCGUGGCCUUGGACUUGGCUGCUAUUAAUAUACAACGAGGUAGAGAUCAUGGCAUACCCGGAUACAAUGUUUACCGCAAACUUUGUAAUCUAACGGAAGCCAAGACUUUCGAUGAUCUCGAAAAGGAGAUUACCAAUAAGGAAAUACGCGAUAAACUUAAGGAACUCUAUGGCCAUCCAGAUAACAUUGAUGUAUGGGUCGGUGGUAUACUUGAGGAUCAAAUAGAAGGCGCUAAAGUGGGACCGCUAUUCCAAUGUAUAUUAGUGGACCAAUUCAGACGUCUGAGAGAUGGUGAUCGCUUCUAUUACGAAAAUCCUUCGGUCUUCCUGCCGCAACAACUGGAGCAAAUUAAGCAAGCCAACCUGGCUAGAGUGCUCUGCGAUACCGGAGACAAUAUCCAAGAAGUCAACGAAAAUGUAUUCAUUUUGGCGAAACACCAGGGAGGCUACAAGAAAUGUGAAGAUAUCCCUGGUAUUAAUUUAUACUUUUGGCAAGACUGUGCAGUGUGUAGCAGUUUACCCCCACUCAUUGAUUCCUAUGUACCGCAGACAUAUCCCAAAGCUAAUCGCAUGAAACGUUCAUUGGGCAAGCGACAAGUGAUAGAAGAAGAAGCAGUUGACGAUGAUGCGGAGUAUACACACCAUAUUAAUGAUUUGGAAGAGUUGAUGGACAUUAAUGAGGAACGUGUCAGCGGCUUGGAGGAAGUUAUUAGCUCCUUCCAGAAGGAAUUAAAAAAGAUGCACAAAAAAAUGCACAAACUAGAAGAGUCUUGUGAUGCAACCAGCAGCAGUCCCAAGGACAAACCCAUAAAACGGAAUCACUGUGUGGAUGAAAACGGCACCACACGUUUAAACAAUGAAGUGUGGUCGCCGGAUUAUUGCACUAAAUGCGAAUGUCGUCGUGCCCAAAUUACUUGCACAAAAGAGAAAUGUGGCGAAGUGCACUGCGAACCAGGCAUAGAGCCCAUAACGCCGCCCAUGGCCUGUUGUCCCCAUUGUCCCCACAUUUUCAAUGCGGCAUCCAAUAAGAAAGAUUAAACGAAAAACAAUCAGCAUUCGAUAGAUAACCAUUUUACAAUUUUAGAUUUAUUGAGAACAAAAUUUGAUUGUAUUUUUCAAAUAUGUUGUUCGUUCGUGUAAUAUGUAAGAUAACAGUUUUUAACACCGACAAUGAAGAUAAUUAUUAAAUAUCUAAAAAUAAAAAUUUAAAAACUUAAUGCACAAUAAAUAAGUUCAAACUUAAAAAAUAUAAUAUAAUUUUUAUGAUCGAACAGCAAACCACCCAAAGAAUGUGACAAUUAAACCAAAAGAAAAAAACGACAACACAAUUGCCAAACUUAAGAUAAUCUUAACUUAGUAAACUUACCCAAAUUCAAUGAAUAAUAAUAAAGUCAACACAUAUGAAAUUCUAUAUUCACUAAA